CCGGAAAAAGUUAUAUUUUGGAAGUUGUAGUGCCAUUUAUUAUGUUUACUGUUUUUAGUGUUAAAACUUUUUGGUACAAAUAAAGAAUGAGACCUUUAACCGAAGAAGAGACACGUAUAUUUUUUGAAAAAUUGUCUAAAUAUAUUGGUGAGAAUAUCAAGCUCUUGGUGGAUCGUCCUGAUGGAAUUUAUUGUUUUCGGUACCAUAAAGACAGAGUAUAUUAUACCAGUGAGCAGAUAUUGAAAUUAGCAUAUAACAUAAGUAGAGAAAACUUAAUUAGUUUUGGAACCUGCUUUGGAAAAUUCACAAAAACAAGAAAAUUUCAUCUACACAUAACAGCAUUAGAUUACUUGGCUCCUUAUGCAAAGCAUAAAGUUUGGUUGAAACCAAAUUCAGAACAGCAAUUUCUUUAUGGUAAUCAUGUGAUGAAGUCUGGUCUUGCAAGGAUUACGGACAAUACAGAAAAAUAUCAGGGUGUAAUUGUUUGUACUAUGAGUGGACUUCCUGUUGGAUUUGGAGUGUCGGCCAAAUCAACCAUGGACGUCCGCACUUCGGAUCCAAUGGCCAUUGUCGUUUUUCAUCAGGCAGACAUUGGAGAGUACAUCAGAUGUGAAGAUUCUCUGACUUAAUUUUGUAUUUAUAAAUAAAACUUUUGUUUUAUUUACUA